AAUGCUCCGCUGCUGCCUGUGGCGCCGUGAUCAGCGGCAGCCCCGUGCCCUGAGGCUAUUGCUGUUGCUGCCAUUCGUCCUUGUACCUCCCAUAGCAGCAGCCUCGGAGGGUAUAAGCCGCUGUGACAUGAUAUACCAGGGCUUUGCUGAGUGUCUCAUUCGCUUGGGAGACGGCAUGGGUCGUGGAGGCGAGCUGGAGACUAUCUGCAGGUCCUGGAAUGAUUUCCAUGCCUGUGCCUCACAAGUCCUGUCGGGAUGCCCAGAGGAGGCAGCUGCCGUGUGGGAGUCACUACAGCAAGAAGCUCGUCGGGCCCCACACCCAGAUAACCUGCAUGCUCUGUGUGGCGUCCCUGUGAGCAUCCAAGAGCGUGGCUCUGGCCCAGAGAUCAACCAGGAGACUCUGCGGGCAAUAGCAUCUGCAUCUGCCUCACUUCCAGCGCCAGUGCUGCUGGCUGCUGCUCUGGCCCUUGCAUGCUUCCUGGGGCCUCUGGCCUAGCUAGCCAGUCUGCUAGCAGUGCCUGUGCCUCCAGCCCUGCAUCAGGGGCCACUG